AUGUCUCUCCAGCCAUUGACCUCUCUGUACCGAUAUGCUGUUGAACCAAUAGCACCAUUUACCUGGUUCGGUACCAAGGUCUCCACCCUUGAUCUGGUAGCCGUGUUCCGGCUUUGCAUCGCUUUGAGGCAGAUGAGGGAGAAUUUGCAUGAUAAACAUCAACGAACAACCGGAGAGAAUAGACUCACACUCGUAGAGGAGAGGUCCUUCGUGAGAGACGCAUGUGCCAUGCUGACGAUUGUAUUUGGAGGAGAGGCUAUCAUAGGCCCUCUACUUGGUAUUGUGCCAUCUUUCGUGUUCUCAGGUGUUUCUCCCGGGUUGUACAUUGCCGCACAAGCAAUCAUAGAGUACAUCCCUGUCUUGCCGUCCGUGUCACUCAGCACGGAACUUCCUUUAUCUAUUGUCGACGGAUUUACCCGAGCAGUGCUCCUCUGUAGCCUCAUACCACCACCCGUCAUCACCCAUGCAUCCCCCGUCAUCGCAUCUUCCCCGUGGGCUCUCCUUCUAUCAUCUCUUGUUACCGCCAAUGGCGGCUUCUUCAUAACGAACAUGUUCUCAUUCAUGGAUCCCACCCCGCUUAAAGUGACGACUCCCGAUGAGCUUAAGCCCUAUGGCUGGACAACCACUGACAUCUGGUCCGCCCCAUUUAUCACGGGGCUCUAUGCCCUGCUCACGCACGCUCAGCCGUUCUGGGCCGAGCUCCACAGUGUAAUCUCAACUGCCCUCGGAGGCACCGGAAGUAAAGUUGGUCCUAUGGACCCAGAGUCUGCCCGUGCGCUGUGCGCGCUAAUUCUCGUAGUAUUGUUCUCCACCCGGACCGCAAAGAACUUUGGGCUCAUCUGGAAGAAGAGUGUUGUAGAGAAGAUCAAGAUUCAAUGA